UUGCAGCACCCCCGGCAGUAGAGUGGAUCCCUGGUGGAAUCCUGGUUCCCUCUUCCCCUCGACCCCUGGGCCCCCAAGGAUCGACGAGGGGGCACCGGAUAACGGUAGUGGUGGUUUUCAGUUCUAUAGUCCACCGAAUCGUAACGCGAAUAGUCCGUCGCAACAGUUACAACAACAACAACAGCAGCAACAACAGCAGCAACAACAACAGCAGCAGCAGCAGCAGCAACAGCAGCAGCAACAGCAGCAGCAGCAGCAGCAACAACAGCAACCGAAUCAACGACACCAGCCGAAUCAGUCGAACGCGAGCAGAAGCAUCUGUACGAGCUACGGUAUCGCCUCGACGUCGUCCUCUUCGUGCUCGUCGUCGGGCCUCGGUCACGUGGAUUCGGUAGCGCGAGGUGCCGAUGCCGUAGGUUCGCCUAGCAGCGUGUACGGCAUCGCCUCGUCGUCACCGGAACCCUCUUCGGCCAGCAAUCUGAUCCUUUCCGCGCUCUUGACCACCACGUCCUCCACCGAGACUCAUAAUCGAACAUUGCGAGCCGGGGUCCCAACUACGACUACGGAUCAGAGCAACGUGCUACCGUCCACGUCCACGAUAUCGCACGGUCCGACUAACGUUAGGAACAACGUCGGCAACAGCAGCGUCGCGUCGCCAGAUUCCUUAAACGGAAUCCUGUCGUCUCUAAACGUUAGGAUCAAGACGGAGGAAUAUCCGAAAGUACGCACGGAGGAACGAAGAACGACAAACGCGACACUUUCAUCAGCGUCACCGUCGUUGUCUUCGUCCUCGACGUCCACCUUUAACGCAUCCCUGCUCAGCUCCUUAUUGUCCACGUCGCGAAUCUCGACGGCCUCCUGUAGGAACGACAGCGACGAGGACAUUCUGUCGAGAUCGUGCAUCAAGCUCGAGUAUCCGUCCACGGAUACGCAACGGUCGAGUCAAGAUCAGCAACAGGAGGAACAAAGUACGGUGCGCGGCAUCAAAGUAGAAUAUCCUCUCAGUCAAUCGUCGCAGGACGUUCUGGACACCGGUGAAGAGGAGGAACUCGCUACCACGUCGCCCUACGACAUCAUCCCCGCCGGGAAUCCCAGGUGUCUGACGAAGCAGGCCGUUUGCACCGGCAAGAGCCAAACGAAUCCCUUGGUUAAAAACGUGAUCGUGCCCGUCUGUCCGGGCGGUGUGUCGCCAACCUCGGAUAUCGUGAUCGAGAUGAAGUACGAAACGCAGUCAGGCCCGCCAACAGCGCCGCCGCAUCUAACAUCCUCUGGGGUUGAACCGCCUCACAGCAGUCAAGGGACAGGCAUCGUCGUCGGUGGUUCGCCCGCGGAGGUUGUCGGAGUGGACAGUUUACUGCUGUCGCCAUGGGGAGCGACCGGUCCGGACUUCCUGGAGCCUCCCGACGUCAAGCAAACGGCAGCUGGUCUGCAGGAUGCAUGGGACACCCUUCUUCUCGGUUCGUCGGUCGGCGUCGCCUCGGCCCAAUCGUUGGCAGAAUUGAAACCCCUUCCACCCUUCACCGGCUAUACCGGACAUUUGAGCAUCAACGGUAUACCUGGUCAUCACUAUCACACGAUAGCGUCGUCCGCGCAGAGGCCAUCGCUACCAUCCUCAUCGCCAACGUCUUCGUCGAAUCAAGAGUAUUACGAGUCACCGGUCGUAUCCUCCAGCACGCCGUGCCCGCAGGGUAGCCAAAAGCAGCAACAACAGCAACAACAACAGCAUCAUCAACAUCAACAGCAGCAGCAGCAGCAGCAGCAGCAACAGCAGCAGCAGCAGCAGCAACAACAACAGCUGCCACAGUCGACGCAACAAGUGGACUACGAUAUCGAAGAUAUAGCAGAGAUCAUUGGUUCGGCGAUAGCGGACACGACAGUUCCCGGUGGUGGAAACGGAACAGGUUCGGAGCACGACCCGGACGCGUCGCGCGAUUGGAUCGACAUUGCCGAGUGGAUCGAUACCGCGUGCUCGCCGAAAGCUCAAGAAACCACGUCGCCAAGCCCGUAUUCGCAGAUAUACGGGACGACGACACCUUCGACGCAAGCACAGCAGCACGGCUCGACAUUGCAGAGUUUGCUGACGCAUGGGUACGCGCCUCUGAUCAACGCCAGGUUGCAAUCCGCGAAUGCUGGCCUACAAAAUGCAUCCUGCGGCGAGACUCCGUCGUCGACGAGCCCCUAUCCACCUGUCAGUCCACCUGGCAGAGUCUCAACCUCGUGCAGUCCCGAUCAUUUGCUGCACUCGUCUUUCGCGGCACCUUCUCACCCUAGAAAGAGGUCACGGCCUGCCCCAGGCUCGCAGAAUCCGUCGAAGAAGAGUCCAGGCACGGGUGCGACGGCAUUACCGUACGGAACGGAAUCUGGCCUGAUAGGCGGCAAGGAGAAGCCGGUGCAUAGGUGUUCCAUCUGCAACAGAGGAUUUCUAAACAAGAGCAAUAUCAAGGUGCACUUGAGAACGCAUACGGGCGAGAAGCCGUUUAGGUGUGAAGUAUGCGGCAAAGCCUUCAGGCAGAAGGCGCACCUUAUUAAACACCAACAGAUUCAUAAAAGGAUCGGCAGGGAUUAGAUUGAUGGAGCGGUUUCUCUCCAUUGUGGGGAGAACGUAUCGAGCGUACCUAAAUUACUGUAAGUACCUAUGUCGAAAUGAUUUUGAAAGAAGUUAAAACGUCGAAACGUCGACGAAUCGAUCGUUACCUAACGCGUUUAAUACGAUUCGUUCGAGGAAAAUCAACGAGAAGCUGAUGCGUUGUUAAACGGGGACCUAAACGAGCAAUCUGUUUCUAUGCAGCAUAUGUGAGUGAGAAAACUUACGCCGAACCUAACGAAACCGUGCCGAAUGGUAAUUCUCGGUCUCGACUUGGAAAAGAUAGGCGGCAGUGCGUAAUUCCCAGGUGCAAUAUCGAGCAGGAUCGAGAAUCUCGUAGAUGGGUACAAAGUCUUCGAUCGGGACUCGACCAACGAUUCUUCUGCGGGGGUGAAUUCAGGAGAAGUGAGAUGAUCUCUUGUGCUUUGUUAUACUGACGACGUUAAAUUGUGCGUGCAAGCCACUGUCGCGAGGUGUGUACAUAUACGUGUCGAUAACAGAGCACACGUACGCGGGUACGUGCGUAUACAUACGUAGAACGAAACGAACAUUAAAGAAAAAGGAAAAUCUCGAGCAAAACAUAUUGAGCAGAGAGAGUAUAUAUAUAUAUAUAUGUGUGUGUGUAUGUAUAUAAUAUUAUAUAUAUAUAUAUAUAUAUAUAUACAUAUACAUAUAUGAGUGUAUACAUAUACAUAGCUAAGUGUAACAUAUACGUAAUAGACGUAAAAGGAAGUGACGAAAACUACGCGAGGCGCGGCCACGCGUAUGGCCUCGCUACGGAUGUACCUAAUCUCUUCCAAAUACGUUUUAUUUUUAUUUUCCUUUUUUUUUUUUUUUAAUCAAGUAAGUCCUACCGCUUGUUCUCUUAUUUAUAUUGCUUUUAUAUUAUAUACUCUCACAGUCAUAUUGUCCGCAGUCCUUUUCUGUUUCUUCGUUAUUUAAUUUCAUUCGUCUCUUUCUCUCUCUCUCUCUCUCUCUCUCUCUCUAUCUCUAUCUCAUCUAUUCUCUUGCAAUCGGUUUAUCUUUGUAAGAUAGUCAAUCGUUUUUUAUGUCGUUUUUUUUACUCGUGUUUCUCAUCCUUUUCCGUUGCCUGUUCUCCCGCUCUGUAAGUUCCUUUCGUCCUUUAGCUUUUGAUCCUCACGCAUCGUUUGUAACACGUGUACGACAACAGUUCCAGGAUUGUUCGACGAUAUCCUUUCUUUUCUUCCUUUUUCUUCUUUUUUCCUUCUUUUCUUUCUUUUUCUCUUUUUUUGUCUGAG